AAGCAAAUUAAUUUAAAUGCUGCUUUAGAUUAGAAAGUCACCUUGUUAUAUUAUGUGUUCAGUGGGUUCUCAUUUAUACUGCUCAUCAUAUUUUCUGCACUAUCUUUUCAACAUUUUAUCUGAAGUCUAUAAUUUACUCUUCUUCACUUUGAACUUGGGCUCUGCAGGGCUCUGCAUCUUGGACUUCUAUAUGUUGGUUCACUUGUAGUACUUCUUGUGUAUUCUAUCCUGUAUGAUCUGACAGCAAAGGAAUCAAACUGGCUUGGGGCUACAACAUCAGCUGCCCUGAUAAUCCUUGGUACUUUGGACAUUGUAUCAGUUAUGCAGUUGUAGCAUCUGUGCUGUUGGGUGCUGCUGUUUCACGGCAUUUAUCAGUUACAGACCCAUUAGCAGCUAGACGAGAUGCCAUGCAGACCACAGUUAUCCGCCUUAGAGAAGGUUUCUGCAAAAAAGACCAAAAUAGCUCCGCAAGCUCUUCUGAGGGGUGUGGCUCAAGUGUCAAAUGCAGUAGUAGUGCUGAUGCUGGUCAUUUUGGUAAUGAAACUGUGCCUUGCACUGGUGAUGGCAGUACCUGGAAUAACAUUGAGGGGAUUAAUAGUGAUAAGAGCAUAGAUAGUGGAAGACCAAGUCUAGCUCUACAUAGUAGUUCCUGUCGUUCAGUUGUUCAAGAGCCUGAAGUAGGAUCAUCAUAUGUUGACAAAAAUUUAGAGCAUAAUAGUUCAUUGGUUGUUUGUUCUAGCAGUGGCCUUAAAAGCCAAGGCAGUGAUUCUAGUACAUCCACCUCUACAAACCAACAGAUACUGGACUUGAAUUUGGCACUUGCAUUUCAAGAAAAGUUGUUUGAUCCCAGGAUUACAUCUAUGUUAAAGAGGAAAGAAAGACACACUGAUCGUGAAUUAGCUAAUUUAUUGCAAGAUAAAGGGCUUGAUCCUAAUUUUGCAGUGAUGCUAUAGGAGAAUGUAUUGGACCCAAUGAUUCUAGCCUUGUUGCAGAGAAGUAGUUUGUACGCUGAUCGAGAACAUCGCGAUAGUAACCCUCCUGUCACUAAUUCAAAUGAUGUUGAGGAUGUGUUACCUAAUCAUAUUUCAUUCUCGGAAGAACUUAGACUCCAAGGAUUAGGAAAGUGGCUUCAACGUUGUAGAGUAAUGUUGUAUUAUGUAGCAGGAACUCCAGAGCGAGCAUGGCUUCUUUUCAGUUUAAUCUUCAUUCUUGAAACUGUCGUUGUGGCUAUCUUCCGACCAAAGACAAUAAAACUUUUGAAUGCUAAACACCAACAGGUAAGAAAUGUAUUAGUACUUUUAAAGUUCAGUUUAGUGUAUUUGGAGUACGGUGCAGCUAAAAUGUACUCCAUAUGGUUGUAUUUUCCAUUUUCUAACAAAAUUUUG